AUGUUGUCCAGCCUCCAGAACCCGCGGCAAGCUGCUGCCCAGCUGCUGAACUUUGCCCUGAUUCUAUCCACCGCAUUCAUGAUGUGGAAAGGCUUCUCCGUAGCGGCCAAUUCGCCCUCCCCAAUCGUCGUCGUCCUGUCCGGCUCCAUGGAACCCGCCUUCCAGCGCGGCGACCUCCUGUUCCUAUGGAACCGGAACUUCCUAGCCGAGACGGACGUGGGUGAGGUGGUGGUGUACAACGUGCGGGACAAGGACAUACCGAUCGUGCACCGGGUGGUGCGCAAGUUCGGCACGGGCGACAAGGCCCAGCUGCUGACCAAGGGCGACAACAACCUCGCCGACGACACGGAGCUUUACGCCAAGGGCCAGGACUAUCUUGAGAGGAAGGACAUUAUUGGGAGUGUCGUGGGCUACAUCCCGUUUGUGGGCUACGUUACGAUUAUGCUUAGUGAGCAUCCCUGGUUGAAGACGGCCAUGUUGGGGAUCAUGGGCUUGUUGGUGGUGCUGCAACGGGAAUAG